AUGAAUAAUAAAAAUGAAGGGGGACAAAAAUUAAAACGUAGAUCAUUAUAUGAAAAUUUCCACAAAAUAAAUCAAACAAGUUUAUUGUCUCAUAACUCACUAGAAAUUGAUAUGAAAGGAUUUUUGAACUUAUUGAUUAUAAUAAUAUGUACUACACACUUCAGAUUAAUAUUAGAAAAUUUUAAAAAAUAUGGUUUAAUAAUAAAGAUACCAAAAAACUGUGAUAUAUUAAAAAACCUUCCACUUUUAUUCUGCUUUAUAUCUUUACAUGUUACUAUAUUUUUUAGCUGGUUUAUUGAAAGAUAUGUUACAUCAUGGUUAUAUACUUGUGUCGAUGAAGACAAAGAACACACUUCUAAAUUGAUUCCUAUGGAUGAUUUUAACAAUAAAACAAAUAUGAUAAAAGAAAAUAAAAAUGAUAAAACUAUAUAUUCAAAUUUAAUAAAUAGAAAAAACAAAAAUAAUAAUGGUAAUUCCGUACUUAAAAAUACAUACUCAAUUUAUAGUUGUGAUAGUAAUACAACAUAUGAAAAUGAAACUUAUGAUAAAUUUGAUAAGGAUAAUAGUACAUAUGAUAAAUGUGAUAAAGAUAUUUUAUGUGAUAAAAAUUUUUCACAACAAACAUGUAAUGAUACAUAUAAAAAAAAACAAAAAGGAUUAACAAAUGAUACUAUUGAAAGAACAAAAAAAAAUGAAAAUAUUGAAAAUAUAGAUAAUAAUGAUGAUAUUCACCAUAUUGAUAGUAUUGACACGUGUGUUGAUAAUAAUAAUAUAGUUACACGCUUCAAUGAUAAUAAUAUAAUUACAUCAUCAUAUAUAAAAAAGAAAAAAAAAAAAUUACAUGGAUGGAAAAAUUUUCAUCUAUCUAUUUUUAUAUUAAAAUGCAUAAAUAGCAUAUUUAUUUUAUUAUUUCCAUUAAUAACCAUAUCACAUUAUGAUACAGAGCCUACGCUAUCAUCCAUAUUAUUAACUAUAUCUAUAGUAUGGUUCUUUAAAUUUUAUUCAUUCCAUGAAGUGUGUUAUGAAGCUAGGAAAUUACAUAUAGAAAAUCCAGAGCUAAAAAAUAUUAUAGAUGAUGAUCCAUAUUCAGAAAUAUAUUAUAUAAAAAGAUAUCCCUAUUGUUUAACACUAAAAAGUUAUUAUACUUACAUUUUAAUGCCUACUAUGUGUUUUCAAUUUUUUUAUCCAAGAACUGAUAAAAUUCGAUGGAUUAAUGUAGCAAAACAUAUCGUAGAAGUUAUAUUAUUAAUUAUUAUGAUAAAAAUAAUAUCAGAUCAAUAUAUGUUUAUAACAGUAGAGAAUACAUUUACUAUGAAAGAAUUUACAUCAGCACAUUUCUCUGUAAAAAUAACACAUAUUAUAGAAAGAAUGCUAAAAGUAUCUAUACCUACUUUAUAUAUAUGGUUAAUAGGAUUUCUUAUAGUCUUCCAUCAUUGGUGUAAUAUAUUAGCUGAAAUUACAAGAUUUGGAGAUAGACUAUUUUAUAAAGACUGGUGGAAUGCUAGCUCAUUUGCUGAAUAUUGGAGGAAAUGGAAUUUACCAAUAUAUUAUUUUGUAUGUAGACAUAUUAAUAAACCUUUAAUUUAUUAUGGGAUACAUAGAAAUGUUUCUAUGAUUAUUGUCUUUUUUAUAUCAGCUAUGCUACAUGAAUAUUUAAUUAGUAUACCAUUAAAAUUAGGAUUCACUGGAUAUAUUUUCUUUGCAUUCAUUUGUCAAAUACCUCUAGUGCAAUUCACAAAUAAUGCUUAUUUCAAAAAACAUAAAACUAUUGGAAAUUCAAUCUUCUGGAUUGUCUUUUGUUUUACUGGACAACCACUUAUACUUUUUAUUUAUUACUAUUUGUGGAUAGACAAACAAGGCAUACUUAAAAAUUGA